CAGUGAUUGUGUUCAUAGUUGUAGAAAUAGUGAUUAAAACUUUAAAAGGCGAAUACGUUUUGUUCAAAAUUCUUUAAGGAAAGAAAGAAAAUUUUCUAAAACUACUUUUCCUGAAAACAAAAACUCCUAACAAGAAAUUGAAUCAUAAUAUAAUGAUAAAUGAAAAACCGGUAGCCGUUGUAAAAUAUGUUGAAAUGCCUAUAGAUAUGCAACAGGAUGCUGUUGAUAUCUGUUAUCAAGGUAUAGAGAAAUUUACUGAAGAAUGUGAAAUUGCAUCAUAUCUUAAAAAAGAAUUUGAUCUUAAAUAUGGACCUAAUUGGCAUUGUGUUGUUGGUAAAUCAUUCGGCAG